CGUCUGUUGGCUAUGCUAUUUUAUAAUAGCGUGUAGCGUGGUUAUUUGUUUUGUUGUCGCUAUUAAAAUGUUUUGUUUGGUCUAUUUGUUUGAUCAGUAAUUAUUGAAUCACGAGGGUUUUGUGCGUUAUGGAACUUAUGGAAGCGAGCAAGGGCGGCGCCGGCGGCGGCAUGGCGCAAGUGAAACAGGAGCCCCAAUGUGUUGCUGACCACGUCCUUGUUAAGGAGGAAGCUGAAUUCACGGAGGAGGAGUGUGUGAAGGAGGAGUGUGAGGACAGCAGAGAGUGCGGCGUGAGCGAGGCAGCCAUGCUGGCCGGCCUGUACGACGACCACGAGGUGAAGGACGAGCUCGUGCUGGGGCCGGAGCGCCCACAUCGCCCCAUAGUCGCAAUGGAGCUGAGAGGCCGGGCUGUAGAUGCACAUGGCACGCGCGGAACACAGCUCGUACGGGACUGCUCCGUGCGGCUCGAGCGCCUCCCCACACAUGCACACCGUCUCGGCGCACACCACCCCGACACCGCACACACUGUCACGGAAUCUAAAUACACGCCCGAUCUUGUCUCCUCUGCUCUGGUGUCGGGCCGGCGCCGCUCGUGCUCGGUCAGGCUGGAGCGCCUGCUGGUGGACGCGGAGCGGCGCACCUGCCGGGUCGGGCGCCGCACAUACAAGCUACACGCCACCGAGCCCGCACCCACACCCCAUGUCACCUCCACCAUCUAUCAAUGUCACCAAUGCAGCAAACGGUUCAGAAACAAGGGCCUUUUAAAAGCUUAUUUACAGAGCCACCUGAAGAUGCAUAAUGAUAAAAAGCCUUUCAAGUGUAACUACUGUGACCACAGGACCCGUCAUAUAGGAAGCUUACGGGCUCAUGAGCUGAUACACACUGGUGAAUGA